AUGGCGGAUUCCACUAUCGAAGGAGCAAAGAAGACGCUCGUGCAGCGUUUUAAAGCCUGGGGCGAAAACUCAUUCCCGCCAACGGUGCUCGCCUCGCUAAUCUUCGCGCAACAUGCCCGUCCCUUUCAGUUCUUCCCAAUGCUCUUCCCUCCAGCCCUGCUUUUCACCAGUUAUGCGAAUAUUCAAGGAUUCAAGACAGACAGUGCCGGUAUUCAAGCCGCCUGGUCCGGAUUGUACCUGCUCCUAGCCGGCCGGCGGCGACAGGCUUUCGCGAAUAAGCUCGGACCUCGCGGGAUCGUUCGCGGCUUGACUAUGGGUCUUUGCUUGGUGAACAUGGUCGGAGGUGGUCUGGCUUAUACCCUUGGCAAGCGUGAGGAGGAGGAAGUCCAGAAAUAA